AAUUGGGUGCAAGAGAGAAUUCUUUUGCAUACACGUGAUUCAGCGUUCUAAAAGUAGUAAAAGCUGAUUGACAAUUUGAUCUGGCCAAUCACUCCCUGUGCAAUAGUGUCAAUGUGUCUGGAGAGACAUCCCCAUCUCAGCCCUGGUUGAAUUACCAUGUCAAUUUGUGGAUUUAAGUCUGUGCACCGGACGGUACAGCUGGACUUCAAUUGAUGGCGAUGUCUUCUGCCACUAAGGAGGGAAAUCUAGGCUAGCGUGAUGUUGGAGGGCAUUGUACGAGGCAUCUCAGUUAGAACAUCAACACAUUCUGGAACAAGGAAGGAGGAAGCGGGAUGUCAAGGCGCCACAAGCCUCAGGUAUUCACAGCAACACUGAUCGGGAUUCUGUUCUACGCGUGCAUCCACACUCAGCUGCGUCCAGCUUGCGCUUCUUCUGCCAAGUCCCGCUUCUUCCGCAGCCAGCGCAAACUCGCCGAGAUUCACAGACAUCUCGCCCAAGUGAACAAACCUGCCGUCAUAUCAAUCCAGAGCAACGAUGGCGACAUUAUCGACUGCGUGAAUAGCGUCCAUCAACCGGCAUUUGACCACCCUGCUCUCCGAAAUCAUUCCCUCCAGGCCUCGCCAGCGGCGUUUCCUAAGAAUUCUUUAGCUGAAGAAGUGCUUCGCAACAAGACAGGAGAGCCCCCUCCCCAGCUGUGGCACCAAACCGGUCAAUCAUGUCCACACGGAACUAUCCCAAUUCGGCGUACUUCAGCGAAAGAUGUCCUCCGUGCCGGCAGCUUGAAGGAGUACAUGAUGAAGAAGACUGGCCCGUCGUCACCGAUUUCUCCUCCGAGCCGCACCUUGCAAACCCAGGCUGACAACAGCCACGAGCACGCCAUCGGUUACAUGCGAGGUGACAUGCUCUAUGGCGCGCAAGCCACGCUGAAUGUCUGGAACCCCACUGUUCAAGAGCCUAGCGAAUUCAGCCUCUCGCAAAUCUGGGUUUUAGCGGGUACCUUCAACAACGAUCUUAACAGCAUCGAAGCUGGAUGGCAAGUUAGCCCGCUAAUUUACGGAGAUAGCAACCCACGACUAUUCAUCUACUGGACGGCGGAUGCAUACCAAGGGACGGGCUGCUAUAAUCUGCUGUGUUCGGGAUUCGUCCAGACAAGCAACGCCAUCGCAAUAGGGGCAGCAAUCACGCCGCUCUCAAGUGCCGGCGGGUCGCAAUACGACAUCAGCAUCCUCAUUUGGAAAGACCCCAGCAGAGGAAACUGGUGGAUGCAAUUCGGGGAGGAUCACUUAGUCGGCUACUGGCCCGCGUCUCUCUUCACGCAUCUUGCAACCAGCGCGUCGAUGCUAGAGUGGGGCGGGGAGGUGGUGAAUUCACGUCCUGGAGGCCGCCACACGGCCACGCGCAUGGGCAGCGGCCAGUUCCCGGAGAAAGGAUUCGGGCAAGCGAGCUACUUGCGCAACAUCAAAUUCGUGGAUGCAAAUAAUGUGCUGAAAACCCCCUUAGGCAUGCGCACCCUUGCCGAGCACCCAGCCUGCUACAACAUCCAAAAGGGCGCGAACGCGCAAUGGGGCGCUUUCUUCUUCUACGGCGGUCCCGGCCAGAAUGCCGACUGCCCUUGAAUCCCCGCAAGCCAC